AUGGAGAGCUCGAGUAUCAUCGUCGCCUCCCUCCUCCUCCUCCUGGCCUUCGCGGCCACCGCCGAGGCCCGCGUGGUCCGCGAGCUGAUUGGCGAGGACGCAUGCCAGCAGACAUGCAACCAGGUGCGCUUCAAGAAGAUGUGCCAGAGCUUGACGAAGCUCCCGAAGGUGACCACGCCGCGCGAGCUCCUGCUGGCGUCGAUGCGCGUCGCGGCGGAGAAGGCGAAGGAGGCCAAGAGCCGGGUGGACGUGUACGCGGCGAGGUCCCACGAGGGCCGGCCGAUGGAGUCCAUCCUCGGGGCCUGCAGCACCGGGUACGACAACGUGGUGCAGACGCUCGAGGAGACGCAGAAGAUCGUCGCCAAGCAGGGCACCCAGGUCGACAUGAACACCCAGCUGUCGGACGCCGUCACGAGCGCCGGCGACUGCGACAACGCCUUCCAGGACUUCCCGGAGAUGAAGGACCCCUUCUUGGCCGUGCAACGGAACGUCUGGCGCCUCGUGGACAACGUCCUCAACAUCGCCGUCGUCGUCAAGCAGUCGGGGGAUGCGCACGCGCACGGGCACUAG